AGCUUCUGAAAGCUUCAUUCUUAGCCUUCUCCAUCUCCAUCGUCAUCUCCAUCUCCAUCUCUGCUCCUUUGCAGUUUUCUGUCUGAGGCGCCGCACAGCUUCAUGGAAGAGCCACAAUACACAGUCUUCAUCAGGGUGCCUAUCCCCCGUCGGGGCUUUGUCGAUCCAGCGCCGGUCAGCUGGGACGUUGCCAAAGAUGAGGCUCUAUGGAAGAUCCUCUCAGGACACAAGGAAAUUGACUGGAAUCUAGUAGCCGAUCGGUUCGAAGUCCCCGUCGACUUUCUGGUGCAGCAGGUAGCCUACCUCAACGAACGACAUCAAUCACAUUUUCGCGCCCAAGUGAGAAAAGCGACCGCCGCGGUCAAGGGCUCUGCCACUCAGUCACCUAUACCCGGAUCCGAUUUAGCUGGUCCAGGCCAUUUGAGGACGCCGUCAGCCUUGUCUAUACGCCGCGACGUGUCUGGGCUGCGCAAUGAGAGCGGCACAUUCGCAUCCAAUGCGCCGACUCGCCCGACCAUGUCGCGCAACACCUCGGCGACUACGACGGUCAUGAGGGAUGGCGGAGGCGCAUCUCCUAGAACGAGCAACAAGCCCAGUCUCCGAGCAGCUGAGCAAGCUGGGCGAACACGGCUAUCAUCAUUGCCAAUGGAAUCGCCGGUCCCAAGGUCUCCAAGGUCCCCAAGCUCUCCCGAACAGCCUGGCGCGGAAGUCGACAGGGCGAAUUCGCCUGGCCCAGCCGAUAACAGUUCAAGCUCUUCAUCCGACGAUGACUCAAUGCCGGUUCAGUCUCGCAUCAUCCGUCGGCCGCCUCGGUUUCAGCAGCAGGAAUCAUACCCUCCUGGCUAUCAGCCCGAUGAGGAUGACGAAUCAGAACCCGCGUUUCAGCCGUAUAACGCGCCAUCUGCCGAUACGUCGUCGCCUGACCUGGCAUCCACGUUGAAAUUGAAAGACAGUCGGAAUAAGGCGAGGCGAAAUCAAAAGGCAGUUGCGAAAUCGCCCUAUCAUUCGCAAACCUCUGACUCGUCAGCUAGUUCACCCGCCAUGGUGCUGCGACCGCCGAAGACGCGAGAUGUCCAUAGUGCAGGCCCCGUGUCGCCUCGCCAUACCGCAGAGCCGGGGAGCAGCGAAGGCACCCAUAGCAUCAGUAGCAGCUUUAGCGACUUGGAUGUGCAGAACCACAGCAGUAACUUCUUAAUUUUAUAUUUCAUUUCAAAAUAUCCAAGACAAAGCGAACUCUCUUUCAUCACCGCCAUCAUGUUUCGUCGUCUCUGGUCUGGUCUCCCUUCGGAUGCCUCCUUUCCUUCGGAUCUCGAAGGACUCGGAUACUUUGUGAAUGACCAAGACGAAAUCCGCUCCAUCGAAAACCCGGAUAACUACUUCAAAUUCUUUCUUGAUCGCAACCCACGUAUUUGCGCUCGACAGCGGUUCGAGUUUAAUCAUGCCAUGGAGUCCAUCAUCCACGAGCGCCUCGAAGGCGAAGGACUGCAGAAACUCCGCCUGCCUUUGGGUGCGUCAGCUACGGAGCCCCAUACGCCCAUUUUCGUCACCCCAGACUUGAAAGCUGCAUCUCGAAUCGUCGUCAUAUUUGGCCAACCCACCCAAGACCUCGGAGUCCUGGCAGGUCGCGUGGCAAAUGGGCCAGGAGGUAUCGACGAAGGGAGCGCCAUCCCGGUCGUUCGAGCUGUCAAAUCGCAGAAAGGGUCCAACGGCGAUGACACAUCUCCAGGCAUAUUGCUGGCAAACAUGGGCCAGACGUGUUGGUGGCCCGAGGGACAGCGAGCCACCACCGUAACGGCCAACAACGCCGUGCCGCUGCCUAGUUUGGUGCAUAGAGGAGUACAAUAUAUGCCCGCCUUGAACGAUAUUCCAGGCAACAAGGACCCGGAAGAGCAUGUGAAGUACGUGUUUCACAACGUAAUUGGCUCUAUAGCUAGUGACAAGGCAGCUGUGGAUAUCAUAGCUAUUGGGGAAAGCUGCGAGAUUGUGGAGCGCUUCCUAGACGGUGAGGAAGCCUGGAAUAUCUGGGGCAGGCGGAUCAGCGCACUCGUCCUCCUUGGUCCGGUCUAUGACUCAGAAGGUUUGAAGAAUGAAAAGUUCAAGAAUUUCUUGGCAAAACGAGCUCGUGCUUAUGGCCUUUCUCAUGAGCCUGUUGGCACCCCUCUAGCACCCCCCGAAGGCAACUUGGAGCUUUGUAUCCCCUCUCUAGGCCUCCCAUGCCUCUCUUCUUGCGAACCAAUGUACGUGGAAUCAAUCUUUAUCCGAGCUCGGUCUCAUAUCCUCUCCCACCUCCAAGAGGUAGCUCUUGAUGCCGAGUACGAGAAUCCACUCAUUGUGCCAGCUGAGUGUCCUCGACCUCCCAUGACUGAGCAAAAUUGGGAGGAGUUGCCAGAGGGAGAUAAACCUAUUAUAUCCAAGACAGAUCCCACUGCCUUAAAAGAGGAGAUGAGGCAAAUUAGGCGUUGGAAGAAGUUUAAUGAAACCGGAAAGGCACCAGAGACAGAUUCAGAGCCGGAGCCAGAGAUCUAAAGCUCGUAUUG